GUGUGAUUGUGGAUGCUCUUAUUAUUUAAGGGUUUAUUUCAAUUCUUACAUCUGUAGAAUUUCGUCGAGAUGGCCAUCUCUUCUUCCGCCGGCGACGACAGCCUCCGACCACCUCCGCAACAGUGCCCCAUCUGUCUCCAGUCUAUCAAGCAAGAAGCCUAUUUAGAUCGCUGUUUCCAUUCAUUUUGCCAUCAAUGUAUUGCUCAAUGGGUUCGAUAUGUUGGGAACAAAAAUUCAGAAUCCAUGACUUCAAUCAAAUGUCCUCUUUGCAAGACUGACAAUCUUUCAAUUAUUUAUGGGUUUAAUGGUCAAAACUUCCAGCGACAAUAUGUGAAUCCAAAACUUGAACAGAGAUGCUUUUCAGAUGCUCACGAAUUUAGAAUGAAGUUUUAUAUUGGUGAUAAAGGACCAACAGAUGGUUUGUUCAAUGUUGAACAAUAUUGGAAGCGGCGCAAGUAUCUCCAGAAAAACCCCUGGCUUCAACAAUGGUUAAUAAGGGAAGUUCAGACUCUUUCUCAGGAUGAGGAUGUUGAAGUUAUUGUGCAUCACAUUAUUGGCGUUGCUGAAAUUUUCUUUAAAAGACAACAAAAUGGGGAGAAUAAGGCUACGCCUGAGCAACAACGCAUCCAGUUCAGGACUUUACUUUCCGAUGCUGCCCGACCAUUUCUAGCUGGGUACACUGAGCGUUUCAUCAACGAACUAGAGUCGUUCCUGGUUUCAGGUUUAAACGUCGAAGCAUAUGACAAAGUGUGCAUGCAACAAAUCAGCGAGCCUUCGUCCAGCGGAAGUUUAGACAGUAGUAGUCCAUGCGACGAGACUCUUCGACAUGUUUACCUGCCCUAUUUUGACGAGGACAUUGAAAUAGAUAAAUAAGAUUGUUUUCAUCAACAAAUACUGAUGUCUUUGUGUAUGUUGGUCGGAAGAUAACUGUAACGAGAGAAAUUGUGGCAUCGAUUCGAAGACAUAACCAACCAGGGAACCU